UCCUCCAUUCCGUCGUCUGUCAUUCUGAUAGAGAGAGGGGAGUGUCAACGGAGAUUUGCACGUUAUAUGGGGCAAUCAGCUGGAUCAUACAAGGAGUUAUUAAACCACAGUCCUUCCGCAACGCUGCCCCUGAUGAACACUUCUUCGUCUUCUACGCUGGGUCACCCUCGAACAAGUGGCUGUCGAAGCCUCCUCCAUUGACACGUUUGUGUCAAUGCAAUGGUCUCCAAGCUGAUAUGACAACCUAAAACCUUGGCCGGUGACCUCGACCCUUGACCACCCACAAGCGACAGAAUAAUCAGCACGUUGAUUGUGGUCGCUUCAACAGGAAGAGGAACAGUUUGAAGAACACAUCAUAUCAUAACUUUGCUCUCUUGUGUUUGGUUAAGUUACCGUACGUCACAGAGUUCUACGACAUGUGUUGUUAAGGCACUUGUUACACUCGGGGUCAGACCAAGGAAAGUCUUGUACGCUCUAAGAUGGGGUUUAAAGGUCCAUUGUGUAACAUAGUUGGUCCUACUAUUUCUUAACAAAAUAUAAUAAGUGAGAUCAACACUAUAGAUUGCGCCAUACAAGCAUGUUUAGGCCAUCACACUAAUGAUUGAACCCCUUGCUGAAUCAACAGAUGUGUACCAAUUAAUUUCCUAACAAUCCUGCCAAUAAGACUUUGGGACAAUAAUUGUUCAAUAUAGGAUGGAUGUUGCCACAGACCAAGAAGAGAAGCUGCCAAUCAUCGAUUUCUCAGCCUACAGCUUACAGAAUGAUGAGACAGAUGAUGAUGAGCUCCAACGUCUCGCUACACGACUCGUGCAAGCCUUCUCAACAGAGGGGUUUGUUUAUCUGCGUAACCAUGGGAUACCGAACACGCUGAUCUCCAAGACGUUUGCAGUCGCCAACAAGUUCUUCUCCUUACCGGAGGAAGUGAAGACAAGGUUUUCCAAAUCACAGGGCUGCAGUCUCUAUUGGGUCGGCUAUCAGGCUGAAAAAGUCAAUCCGGCCCGACCUGCAGAUAUCAAAGAAGCUAUGGGAGUAUAUCGUCCACGUGAUAAUGAAAAGCCAUGGCCAAACCAGGAAGUACCAGAAUUUCAAGAGACAUUCCAAGAAAUGUAUGACAAAUGCCACCUGUUCAGUCUGAGGGUGCUGGAACUUAUAGCCAGGGGACUUCAAAUUCAGGAUAUUCCCAGCUUCCUGGCAAUGCACAGCUUGAUAGGCUCCCGGGCAAACAUCACUUCGCUGACAACGUUGCACUACCCACCUGUACCUGACCACGUGAGCGAGGGACAGAUCCGCUGUGGAGAACACAGCGAUUAUGGCUCCAUCACUCUGCUCUUUCAGGACACACAUCCUGGAUUAGAGGUGCUAAACAGUCACGGCAGAUACAUCCCCGCCCCUCCCCUUGCCGAUACUGUGGUGGUCAACAUUGGAGACCUCAUGCAACGGUGGACCUCAGACAAGAUUGUAUCAAACAAACAUCGUGUGGUGAUACCGGAUACUAGGGAACACAGGAGAGUUACCCGCCGCUCUAUGGCUUUCUUUGUGAACCCCAAUGAUGAUGCCGUCGUCACGUGCCUGGAUGGAUCGGACAAAUACAAACCAAUCACUGCAGGGGAAUACGUUAAAGGGAAAAUUAUGGCAUUAACAAAUUAUUGAUGAAUAAGUAGAGCUAUUUUUAAACAAUUUUAAUUGUCUGCUAAUAUAAACACAUGUUUUACGAAAAAGACUAUUAUUUCAUUCAAGAUACUAGUAUGUGAAAACUAUUUUGAAUAUUUACAUAUAUUUUGAAUAUUUUACCACUUCUGUAUUGAAAUUGUAGUGUAUGAAUAGGAACAGUAAAUAAAUUUAUUGCAAUCAACGAAAUGGCAAUGUUGAUAAUGUAGAGGUGACGUCUUGUGAAUUAGUUUGGUACUGCACCUGGUAGUGACACGUGCCGGAUGCCAGCCACCAUAGGGCCAUCAGAUUAGGGCCACCAGUAAAGGUGUCCUGUCACUGCACGUACGUCAAGCUUCAGUCACUGCGGGGUUCGCUCACUGCGUCACAUGAUUUGUUAUUUUCUCCAAUUUUUUAUGAUUUAGUUAUUGCAUAAUAGAUAAAAGUAUGACUUAGAAGAUGACAAAAUACACAAAAAGUAAGAAAAUUUGUUCUUUAUCUCUGAAAUUCGUUGAGUAUCUUUCGAACCCGCAGUGAAGCAAGCGUGACGCGAGUGCAGUUAAGGAGCCAUCAGAUGCGGGCCAUCAGGGAUAGACUGUACCAUUUUACAUGCAGAGGGGGAAUAAAAAUUCACAACUUAAGAUGAUGAAUGAACUAUGCAGCAUUAAAUUCAAUGUUUUCUGUCACUACAGCAUGCAUUCUAUGAUUUCCAAUCAUCAGUUCUUAACAAAAUGAUCUUAAUUACUCUAAAGGGACCCUCUACAAUGUAGGUAUCAGAGAGACUAUGGUCACAAUAGGCCGAAACUAUACAAGCUUUAUAUCUGAGAAAAACAUAUAAUAUACAGUCAGACACGUCGAUGAAGGUAAUACGAUAUGCCAAAAAGCAACAGAAUAUGAUUUUGGAAACAGACGUUUCAGAUAACACCCACUAUCUUUAGUCAGUGACACUGAAGAGAUCUGGUAGAGACUCAGGAUUAACACGUGUGUGUCAGUGUUGUGUGUGCGUGUAUGUACGCACUCCUUGUGUGUGUGUGUAUGUAUGUUAUGUUUAUGUGUGGUUUAAGUUUGUGCAUAUGUAUGUACACACAGUCCUUGAGUGUUGUGAUUGUGUCUGUGUAUGUGUGUGUAUGUACUAUGUGUCUUUGUGUGAAGUAUAGAUCAGUAUAGAUAUGUAGUAUGGGAAUCAGAUGAGUCUAUUUGGAAAAUGCCAUAUUUGUACUCUCAGACUGGUAACUUUUGAAUACGACCCUAGCUUGAUGUAAGCAGAAGUAUUUUUGAAAUGUUCCACUCAUGGGAGUAUUCAACUGACGAUCAGCUAAACUUAAAAAUAUUUAUCUUUAGUUCAUCUGGAAUGUUAACGUUUUUAGAUUAAAUGUCAGGUUGAUUGUCGAACCUGCUAUAGAGGUAUUGAAUAGGCUAUUAUGACAUGUAUGGUAAGUGCCAGAAAGUAGUAGACAGAUUUGCCAUGCAUAUAUUCUUAUAGGAAAUGACAUUCAAAUGUGUGAAAAUAAGUCACUGCAAUGAGUUAUUCCGUUCUGACAUCAUUGUCAUUUGCAAAUAGGCUGCAAAUCGUCCAAAUGUAUUAUGUUUUGAACUCCGACAAACCAUUCAUCUACAUUAGUCAAAGUCAAUAAAUUUACAAUAAAGUAUUUAACUUUCAA